ACUGCCAGUGCCCAAGCUUGGGAUUUACUGGUCAGCUAGUGGUAAUGAUUACAGCUUAAAGGCAUUCUCUAGUCAUCCAUUCCGUAUUCGUAUGCGUCCUUAUCCCGCUGUUGGCUCCCCCUGGCCUAUGCCUCAAUCUUACGAGACAACCAAGGAAGAAUGCUACCCUAUCGUUCCAGAUCAGUUCAAAAUACAAUCCGAUAUGGCCUCUUGUGAUAUUUUAGAAGAUGCAAUCACCCGAUACGAGUCAUCAAUAUUUAAGACAAUGUCAUUUGUUCGCAAUCCAGCAGACACAUCAUGUAGUCAUAGCAACGGAACUCUUAAUCCUCAGGUAUAUUCACUUAAUAUAAGUGUAGUUAAAGUGUGUGAAGGUUUCCCCUCUUUGCAUAUGGAUGAAUCAUAUGAACUGCAGGUGAAUGAAAAAGGUGCUAGUCUAAUCGCCAUGGAGAUAUGGGGUGCCCUGAGGGGGAUAGAGACAUUCUCACAGUUGAUCUAUCGUACUAGUGAAUCCACAUACCAGUUGAAUAAAACUACAAUCAGGGACCACCCUAGGUUCUUACAUAGAGGUAUUCUAGUCGAUACUGCCAGACAUUUCCUCAGUUUGGAUACUAUUAAAACAACACUUGAGACAAUGGCUCAAAACAAGUUCAACGUCCUUCAUUGGCAUAUGACAGAUGACCAGUCAUUCCCCUUCCAACUGAAGUCUUUCCCUAAUAUAACCAGCAAGGGGUCUUUUGAUCCAGACUCAAUGGUGUACACCCAUGAUGAUGUCACAGAAAUCGUAAAAUUUGCCCGGAUGCGGGGAAUCCGUAUCAUUCCUGAAUUUGACACCCCAGGGCAUACAUUUGCCUGGGGGGUAGGCAAACUUGAGCUCCUGACCCCUUGUUAUAAAUUCAAUCAAAAGGACCUGGAUGGUAUGUAUGGGCCACUUCACCCUGCUUUAAACUCCACCUAUGACACGCUACAGAAAAUCUUCCAAGAAGUCCUUGAUGUAUUUCCCGAUAAAUACGUUCAUCUUGGCGGUGACGAAGUGCCAUUUGAUUGCUGGAGGACAAACCCAUAUAUUGCAGAAUUUAUGAAGCAGAAAAACUUACGUGAUAUUCGGGAGAUGUUGCAAUAUUAUGAACAACGUUUAGUCAAUAUUGUGACAUCAGUUGGAAAGACCAGAUCGACGGGGGUCGGGACCAUUGUAUGGCAGGAAGUUGUAGAUAAUAAUGUCAAGGUUCCUUCUGAUACAAUCGUUGAGGUGUGGAAAAGUGGCGGACAUGAGGUGUUCAAUUAUAUCACCCAUAGGAACCUCAGUGUCAUUUACGCAGCCUGUUGGUACCUGGAUCACAUCAAAUAUGGUCUCGACUGGCAUAACUUCUACAAAUGUGAUGCGCUUUAUCAAUUGGAACGUUACGGAAGAGAUAAAAAAUGGGACUCUAAUAAACUACUUGGGGGUGAGGUAUGCCUCUGGGCUGAGUAUGUAGAUGAUAAUGAAUAUAAUCAAAGAUUAUGGCCCCGUGCUUCAGCAGCUGCAGAAAGACUUUGGAGCCAUCAUAGUAUAAAUGAUGUUCAUCGGGCAGCGCCACGCAUCGAGGAGCACAGAUGCCGUAUGAUCAGUCGGGGGUUACCAAUGGGGGUCAUCAAUGGUCCGGGAUAUUGCAAACAGUUCAAAGCUAAAUCCAAGACUAUUCCACUUAAUACUACUGCGGAGACUGGUGGUUUCUUGUCAGAUCUCUCUCUAUCAUUUAACAAUAUAAGUUCAUCCAUAGAUAUUCCAGAGACAUAUUCCCUGAUGUAUAUCUGUGCGGGGAUUCUCGUUUUAUUGGCUGUUGUCAUGGUGAUCUUCAAACAGCCAUCAAGAUCAGGAAUUUUAGUGCUUCUUAUUCCGCUCAAAUCAAACUCUAAUAAUCCACGGAAACUGAUACCAUUGUUUGCCGUGGGUAUUUUGGUAUAUUGCCUUUUCUCCACACCAUUAUGGCUGGAGGUUUUACAUAAAAACAAUCGUGGUGGGAGCCCAAUGUCUCACCUAAGACCCAAAUAUGGUGCACUUAUAAACCACAUGAAUCAAUCAGUGCAAUUAAAACCACCUUGAUUUGUCAGGGCAUUUAGUUUUAUUUACUCCUUAUUUAUUAAGAGGUUAUGUCAAAUUAUCAAUCUCCAUUUUCACAAUCUACAUCCAGCUUUACACUGCAAACUCAUGGGUUUCACUCCUCAAGGAAAAUGAAUUUACAUAUUACAUAGUUCCACAUGCCUAUCAAACAUGCAUGAAUUGAAAGAACUCAGAAAUACAAUCAAAUAUGCAGUUCGAUUUAGCCCAGUUUUCAGGAAAUGUAUUCAAAUGUAUUAAAGUAUAUACAUGUCUAUUUAUUCUGUUAUUACUGAUUCAUCUGUCACUCAAGCUGAUAUUCCAUUUUCUAAACAAAG